CAACGAAGAAGAAGUUGUUUGUUAUGAUGUCAUCAAGCAGCACGAAAGAGUGAUCAACCAUACACGGCUUAUAACGGCAAUAUUAGUGGAUCUUAUUUUUAUGAGUUACGAGAGCAACGUAGCAGAAACGUUUCCAUACUGCUUUAAACGACUGACUCGACCAAUCGCCAACUCACGUCAACGUUACCAAACAUCGGAACACCCCCUUCCGUAAUUUUUUCAGCUACCAGAGGAGCGAAGAGCAGUGAAACAUCAACAAACAAACAACCUUGUAGUGGAGUAGCAAGAGGGAAACUCAGCAGACUGAGAGACAGAAGGGCAAGCAAGACCCAGAAUGCCUCUGUUCUUCAGAAAGAGGAAACCCAGUGAUGACUCCCAAAAGAGACUGGAAUAUCAGCUGUGCCGGUCUAAGGAGGCAGGUGCUGAUGACAUCUUGGACAUCUCGGCUUGUGAGCUCUCAGAGGUCCCCUCAAGUGCCUUUUCCAUUUGCAAGGUGCUACAGAAGAAGGUCCUUAUCCUGCAUAACAAUGAGUUGAGGUCACUACUGCCCAAAGGAUGUGACAUCAGUGCUCUUGCCACUUUAAAGGUUUUGGAUCUGCAUGAGAAUAAGCUCACUUCACUUCCAGAAGACAUUGGGAAGCUGGCGUUACUGCAGAUUCUGAAUGUGGAAAAAAACCGUUUAAAGGCCCUACCAGACUCGAUCGGGGAUCUGCGGCUUCUGCAGACGCUCAGUUUGAAGGGUAACUAUCUCAGUGAGCUGCCAUCAUCAGUUGGCUCUUUGCACAGCCUGCGCACCCUGGAUGUGAGUGAUAACAACAUUGUCCAGCUCCCCAAAGCUCUGGCUUACAUCCGCACCCUAGAGAGCUUUACACUUGAUGCUGUCAUGAUGUCCUACCCACCUGCAUCUGUGUGUACAGAGGGCACAGAAAGUAUCCAACGCUUCCUAUGCACAGAGCUGGGAGAGGAGUACUGCCCCCCAUCCCAGUAUCUCUUGCCAGUGCUGGAGAAUGACAGUGGCAAACAAAACUGUGACCAUUGGGAUGGCUUAGAGGAGGCCUGGCAGAACAAAUUCAGUGACUACGAGAAAAGAAAGCAGCAGAAGCAGCAGGAGAAACUGGCCUUUGAGCGGCACCUGGAGGAGAGGCAAAAAGAGCACACCCAGCUUCUACUCAUGAACACAUCCCACAAGGAAAACAUCCUCAACUCAGUCCGACAGGAGCAGGAACGUCUAGAGCAGGGAGUCAGUCAGCAGCAGAGGGCUCAGGAGGCAGAGAGGCUGCUGAUACUGGAGAAAGUGCGACAAGCUGAAGACAGCAUCAGUAGCCGCAUUAGUAACAUGCUGAUGGACAACAACCGCCAGAAAAAGAGUACAGAGUUUCUUCAAGCCAUGGAGGAAGACCGGAUCCGUAUGGAGCAUCUGACUGCCAUCACGCAGGAAGAAGCCAAUUCAUUGAGGAGAAGGGAGGUGGCAGGGGCCAUGCAAAAGAUGUUGUCAGACAGCUGUGCUAUGAGUCUCCUCCAGGAAGCCAGUGACUGUCGCAGACAGAGUCUUGUCUCUGAGGCCUGCAGGAGUAUGGAGAAUUUGGACAGGAAGUUUGAUAAGAUGCUCUCCCUCCAAGCUUUGGACAAAUCAAAAGCCAUUGCUCACAUCUUGCAGGAGGAGGAGAUGCAGAAAGCAGCAUUCCAGGCUUUGCAACUGCAGAAAGAUGCUGUACAUGGCUACAUCCGCAACCAGAUCAAGCUCAUUGAGGGCGAAUUAAUGCAGCUGACUAAACUGGAGAUUAAAAAACGCAAUCUGGAUUCUGAGAACCUGCAGGAGAUUCUGGUGGAGCAACGCACAGCUCUCAGUGAUUUGUUGCACCAGCUACUGAAGCAGAGGGACCAGAGAGAGAAGGAGCUGCGUCAGAUUCUGGCGGAGAUGGAGCUGAAGUCAGAGUCCAACCAGCAGAACUACUGGAUGAUCCAGUAUCAGAGACUGCUGGAUGCCAAGCCGGUGUCACUGCGCAUGCAGGAAGCGGGCAUUGAUAAAGAGUUGGUCAAUCUGUUGUGUAAACUGUCGGGUCAGCAUUACCUGCCCAUCCUGGCUCAUCAUCGGGUAACAAUUGAGGCCCUUCGCCACAUGAACUCCUCUGACCUCAAGAAGCUUGGCAUUAAUGAAUUAGGAAUACAGAAAGCCCUUCUGAACUGGAGUCGGGAACAUCAAACUGAAGGAGUUUGUAAGGCUGUCCAGCAGGAUCAGGUAUCAGAAGUCACCCCCACAGCUCCACCCCCCUCCUCCCCUCCAUCUCUUCCCGAUGCAUCGACUACCUGGAUCCCAAGCCCACCACUCACCCCAGGGACUCCUGUCACCCCCUCAGCCCCUAGCCCUGUGGAGGGACCAGGGAGCUCUGAAUGUGUAGUCUGCAUGGAGACCGGGUCUCAGGUCAUCUUCCUGCCCUGUGGUCAUGUAUGCUGUUGUCAGGUCUGCAGCGAUGCUCUGCAAAACUGCCCUUUGUGUCGCAGCAACAUAUCUCAGCGUGUACGCUUCUACCACAGCUAGAGCCAACAAUACUACUGUCCUUCACUGACCGUCACACUCUUUACCUGUGCAUGGACAUAAAGCUGCUAUGAGCUAAACUUGUCAUGUAUAGAAAAGCUUUUAGCUGGAUUUUUAAGAGCCAAACAACUUUCCUGUAUUAACCUGUAUUAACAGUACUUUAGUCAUGUAUAUUAAGAAACACGUUUUGAAUAGAGUUAUUUUAAUUGUGUUAUGUUUCUGGUUGUCAGUGGCAUCCAAGCCUGUUGUAUUUUGUUGUUUUUUCUUAAUUCCAUAUUUUUUAUGUGCAUUAUAUAUUAAGAGCCAAGAUUACACCGCUCAUUAGCUCAAGACUUUUUAUAGUCCCUUUUACACAGCCUCUUCAAGGUGGGAAUAUUGUGGUGUUAUUCCACCUUGUCAUUCUGCAUAAAAAUGGGAGAGCCUUAUUGCCUCACCUUUAGGCCACCAGCAGAGAGAUAGCAGAGAUAGUCACAGAGCCAAUUGGAUGUCUGUAUAAAAGGGGGCGCUGGCACAGCAGAACAGACACUGACUGAUGCAGAGGCUGCUGUGUUACACAUUAAACCUCUGAUUCUGUGAUACUGGCAUACUGUAUAAAAUGGCACACCACAUUCACUGUAAACAAACAAAGGCGGCAUAUUCGAGGGUCUCCUUAAUGCCAGUAUUGCAUGACCUCUGUGUAAAAGGUGCCUCAACUGAUGUGUGCCUGAUAAUCUCAUUUCAAACAAUACUGCUUGUGUCUGUUAUCAGCCAAAGUAACACCUGCCCAACAUUUAUAUACAGUAAGUCAACUAAAACAUCUAUUGAUUGUUGUUGGUUUUUGUCAUCUUUGUUUCCAGGUCCCUCUGUACUUGAUGGAAUAAUUUAUCUACUGUUAUCUUAUUGGUGGGAAUUAUCAAAGCAUGUCAAGACAACUUGAGUGAAAAUUAAUUUUUCAGUGCAUUUAAACUCUCUUUGCUCUAUUCUUGACAUCCACCAUACCAUCAACCUGCCAGAGGCCACAUUUACUCACUCCCAAUAUUAUAUUACAAUAAUUCUAACAGUAUGUUAUGCUGCAUGACAUUACCUCAGGUGUACUGUGUGGUAAUAUGAAACAAGGAAAUGUAUAAAGAUGCAUUAUUUAUGUACAAUGUCAGCUGAAAUAAUAAAAAUUCCAACAGAGGAACUGUAA